GGAGAACCUCCUUAGACGGGAACAACGAGCUUUGAAAACCUUACAAGACGAUGCUGACAUCAUCAUCAAACCCGCCGACAAGGGGGGGAAUAUUGUAGUGAUGGAUGUGGACCAAUAUCUAGAUAUGGCCAAACGGGUCCUGAAGGACACUGAGACAUAUACAAUCCUUAAACAUGAUCCUACGGAUGAUUUUCUGUCCAAAUACAAGGAGAUAUUGGAGGAUGGUCGCAGUGGAGGGUUGCUAUCUG